AGGCGCCACUGGAGGGUCAGUUUGACAGGUGUGGUGACAAAACAAAUCCUCCGUCUGCUUCAGCAUUAUUUUAUGCACUUUUCCUGGGGAUUAUUUGCAAAUAUUUGCCUUUUUUGGGUGCUGGAGUUUGUGUACGAAAGCCAGAAGUGAAGAUUGGUGUGCUUUUGUGCCAUUUUGCGUGAACACUUUGUGUGUUUCGACGGGGUGGAAAAAGUUAUGGCCGAGAGUGCUGGUGACAAAGAUUCAAGAUGGUACUUCACGGCGGAACAACUACAGAAUUCACCCAGCAGAAAAUGUGGCAUAGAUGCAGACAAGGAACUCGUCUACCGACAGCAAACUGCCCACCUGAUCCAAGAGAUGGGACAAGCGCUGAGAGUAUCUCAACUCUGCAUAAAUACCGCCAUAGUCUAUAUGCAUCGGUUCUAUGCAUUUCACUCCUUUUCACAUUUCAACCGUCACGGAAUUGGUGCAGCCAGUCUCUUCCUGGCGGCAAAGGUGGAGGAGCAACCACGGAAGCUAGAACAUGUUAUCCGUGCAGCCAAUACAUGUCUCAACAUCGAGGCACCCGAUCCCUCCAAGGAGUCGUUUUCCGAGCAGGCUCAGGAUUUGGUCUUCAAUGAGAAUGUCCUCCUCCAGACACUGGGAUUUGACGUAGCCAUUGAUCAUCCCCAUACGCACGUCGUCAAGACGUGCCAUUUGGUCAAAGCCACUUUUUCAUUUCCAGCUUGCAAGGAUCUCGCCCAAACUUCCUACUUCAUGGCGUCCAAUAGUUUGCACCUGACAACAAUGUGUCUUCAGUACAAGCCCACUGUGGUGGCGUGUUUUUGCAUCCAUUUGGCCUGUCGCUGGAGCAAUUGGGACAUUCCCCAUUCGUCCGAAGGACUUCCGUGGUUUCAUUAUGUGGACAAGACUGUGACUAAGGAGCUGCUGACGCAACUCACUGAAGAGUUUAUUCAGAUCUAUGACAAGAGUCCGUCACGACUCAAGAAUAAACUCAAUUCGAUCAAGAUAUUGGCACAGAGUGCAAAGCCCGAUGAUGCCCGGAGUGGUAGUGGUAGUGGUGGUGGGAGUGGGAGUCAGGAGAGAUCAAAUCAUCAUAGAACAUCAUCGGCUAUGUCACAUUCGCAUCAUCAUAAGCAACAACAACAACAGGGUGUUGAUCCCAAGGGGAUACCAUCGUCAUCGAGACAGCAACACUAUCAACAGAUGCAUCAUCAGGGAAAAUCCAGGGAACGUCCAAUUGUGCCACCAGUUGCUGGUGCUGCAGCAGCAGCAGAUGGGGGCAUGAAGAGUGGCAAUUUGGGGGGGAGUAAAAAUGCCAUUCAGGGUGGUGGUAGUUCGGGACACAGUAGUCGAUCAUCAUCAUUGGCACCACCGAGAGAUGCCUUUGUACGGGGGGAUGCUACGUCGUCGUCGUCGUUAAAGGGGAGUAGUAGACCGUCAUUUCAGCAUCAUCCACCGAGUGGGACGACGGGAUUUCCGCCACCACAUCGGGGGGAACAGCAGAAACCGUCAUCGUCAUCAUCGUCUGCGCAAUCGACAAAGAGUGGUCAGUAUCAGCAAUCGGGAUAUUUUGGUGAUCCUACACGAAGUCAUCAGGGGAAUGCGUCACAGAGCAUGAGGUACAGUCAGAAUUCGCACAAGCACACGGAAUUUCAGCAACAGCAUCAGAAGAAUCAGAUGCAUCCGAAUGAGAUAAAAUUGGAGGAUGGACAGCAAAAUAGUGAAAAUAAUUCUGAGACAGCAGGAAGGCAUCCACAGAAGUCUAUCUUUAGUCCGGAUCAACCGGAAAAGAUGGAGGUGAUGAAGAAGCCAAGUGGAGAGGAUUUCCGAAAGUCUGGGCUGCCACCUGGUGGUGGUCGUUUUGAUGAGAGAAGAGUGGAAAUGAAGAAGGAGAAACGAAUGGAAAAUCCUUCAAGUAAAACGCUGCAGAUGGCUCCAUCUUCAGGUGAUAGUAAAAAAGCAGGAAGUGUAAAGCCAUUGGCUAAGCAUGCGCCCUAUGGGCAGCAACAGCAGCAGCAGCAGCAGCAACCUUAUAAAUCUUCAAGUAGUAUCAAUAAGAGGUCAUUUGAGGAGAUGACACGACAUGAGGAUAGUGGAAUUGAUUUCCGGGAGGCCAAAAUGCGCCGAUCAGAGGCUGAAAAUGAAUCAAGAGCAGCAAGAGCAGCUGGAAAAAUGGAUUCAAUGUCAACGAUGAAUCCAUUGAAUUUAGGUGGAAGUUUUAAUGCCUUCGAUACGACAUUUGAUCAGCCAAAAUCAAUGGGAGUAGCAGGAGGAGGAGUAGGAUCAGGAGGAGGAGGAAGUCAUAAAGUAUUUCCGCCCUCAAUUGCCAAUAGCAUUGAGACAAAUCCCGAUUUGGUGAGUUGUCUGUUGAAAGAGAGUCUCAGUGACAGUAAAUAUGGAUCAGCAUUGAAUGCAAUGGCUGCUGCUGGUGGUGGAGUAAAUGAAAAACCAGCUGAUAUCCUUGCCAUGGCUACAACAGAUGUCAAUCCGGGGCCAGUGAAUGAAGUGAAAAAUCCACCACAGCAACCUAUUAUUGCACCUCCGCCACAGCAGCAGCCGCAGCAGCAGCCGCAGCAGCAGCAACAAAUGAAGAUGAUUCCGGAAGCCAAUCAAGAUUCAACUGAGGGGCAUCACAAGAGCAAGGCUGAGAAGAAGAAGAAGAAGGAGAAGCAUAAGCAUAAGGAGAAGGAUAAGUCCAAAGAUCGGGAAGAACGGAAGAAGCAUAAGAAGGAUAAGGUGAGAGAUGGUGGAGAACAGCAAGAGCAGCAGCAGCAGCAGCAGCAUAAGAAUCCAGUCACACUCAAGAUAACACUGCCAAGGGAAAAGGGAGCCCUUGAAGGAGGACCGAGCGAUGGGGGUUUCAAAAUUAAAAUACCCAAGGAUAGAAUAAGGGCUGAUUUGAAUGCUGGCGGAGGGCAUACGGGAGGAUAUGAGGAUCGUAUGUCGGGAAUGCCAUCGGUUGAUCUGAUGCCGGAGAAAGCGUCAUCAUCGCUCAAGAUUAAGAUCUCCAAAGAUAAAAUUGAGAAUUUCUCCGAUGGAACGUCAUUUGCUGGAGCUUUUAAUUCUGCUGGGGGCGGCAAGAAGAAGGACAAGGAUAAAGAGAAAUUCAUGAAGUACACCAUGUAAAUUAUGGACUCCUCUACAAAAAAAAUAUAUAUAAAAAAAAACACAAAAGCAAAAUUUUAUGCCCAGCGGACAAUAACUUUUGUUUGUAAACAUGUUUCGGAGCUUCCUAUAAUGGCCUCUACAUAUUGGGAGCAAUUUUUGUCAAAAAUUACUUUUUUGAAGGAAAUUUCCUGCAGCGUUGUAGGGGGAAACGUCAAAAUUCUGUCAAAAACGCAAUUUUUGACGAAAAUUUCUCCCAAUGUGUAGACGCCUUAAAGCAUAAAUAUUUUUCACAUUAAAAAAUUAAAGAGAAAAUCGCAUUAAUUUUUCGCAUUAAUGCUUAUAAAUCAAUUUAUAUCAAAUUUUGCGGGCCAAGUCUACCUUUUUAUCAACAAAUAGAUCAAAUUUUGAAUAUAAAAUGAUAACACAUUAAUGUGAAUCAUAUUAAAAUUUUAAUGUGCAAGUGUGAUAACACAGUUAUAGGCAGUUUCGAAAACAUCUUUACAAAACAAGAGUUAUUGUGCGUUGGACAUUACAGAGGAGAAAUGUUUCAGUAAUUAAAAAAGAAAAAAAAAUUUAAUAAUAGAGAAGAAAUUUCUGAAAAAAUGUGUAUUUUGAAUUGAUUCUUGUUUCCUUAAAAAAAAUUAAGAAAAAACAAUAAAAUCCUAGAUUCUAAGCCACAAAAAAAAAAGAAUUACAAUGAGAAAGAAACAGAAGAGCAAAAUAGGGACAAAAAAUGAUAAAAGGAUGUUUGUGAAAAAGUUAUCCAGACAUUGUGAAUAUAUAAUUAAUUAUUAUAGAAAUUAUUGACGCAGGAGAAGAGAAAAUUGAGCGAUGAAGGAAUGAAUGGAAAAUAACUACCAGAAUUGGCAGUUUUAUUUUUUAUUUUUUUAUUUUAUUCAAAUUAAAUUGUUAGAAGAGGAAGAUGUUAUAAAUUGCUAAUUGGAGAUUGAGAGAGGAGAGACAGAAAAUGGAUAAUUCUACAAAAUAAAUUAUUUUGCAGAAAGAUAAAAAUGAUGUUUUUCACACCUGGAAUUCUCGCAAAUUAAAAUUAAAAGAUUUUUUUUCCCUCGAAAUUUUUCACUUAUUAAUUAUCCAAAAUUGAUAAUUUUGAGGGAAAGUUCUGUAGAUAUGUUUUUUUUUUGAGAUGAACACAAGAUUCUCUGAAUAAAUCUAUCGACAUUAGCUGAAUUUGUAUAUAGAAAGAACAAAAAAAACAUAAUAAACACUUUUUCUCAUACUUAA